AUGGCGGAUGCGCAUCGAACUGGCGAAGCUGCUGCUUCGCCGGCCGUCGGUAUUCCUGCUCGACGAACCCACGAAUCACCUCGACAUCGAGAGCAUCGGAUGGCUCGAAACUACCUGAAGGAGUACAACGGCGCGGUCGUGCUGAUUUCGCACGACCGCGCAUUCCUCGAUAACGUCACCACGCGGACGAUCGAAAUAUCGCUCGGCAAGGUGUACGACUACCGCGUGCCGUACAGCCGGUACGUCGAGCUGCGGCGCGAACGGCGCGAGCAGCAGAUGGCGGCCUACGUGAACCAGCAAAAGAUGACGCAACACCGAAGACUCAUCGAACGCUUCCGUUACAAAGCCGACCAAAUCGAACCAGGUGCAGUCGCGCAUCAAGCAACUCGAAAAGAUCGAACGGAUCGAAGUGGACGAGGAAGACCUCAGCCGGCUGAACAUCAAGUUUCCGCCGCCCCGCGUUCGGGACAGAUCGUCGUGGAAGCGAAAGACGCCGGCAAAAGUUUCGGCGAAAAGCACGCUCUUUUCGGCGCGACGUUUACGAUCGAACGCGGACAAAAAAUCGCGCUGGUCGGCUCGCCGCACGGCGAAGGGAACACCACGUUCGCGCGGAUGCGAUCGGGCAACUGGAGCCGACCGAAGCAGCGUCCGCAUCGGACACAACGUCCCCAUCGGCUACUACGCACAAAAUCAGGACGACCUGAUAACGGCGAUUUCACGGUAUUCGACACGCUCGACCGGGUGGCCGUCGCGACAUUCGGACGCGACUUGCGCGAUAUCCUGGGGGCAUUUCUGUUCCGCGGCGAGGAACAUCGACAAGAAGGUGCGCGUACUGUCCGGAGGAGAACGGGCGCGGUUGGCUAUGGCCCGGCUGAUGCUCGAACCAUACACCUGCUGGUACUCCGACGAGCCGACCAACCCACAUGGAUCUGCGUUCGAAGGACAUCCUCAAAGACGCCGUCAGAAAAUACGACGGCACGGUAA